UUGAACGCUCUAAUUUCCCAGCCGUCAGAGCAGCCCCUGAAGGCAUCACAGCCCCUGUGGUCUGGGUUCCAGGUGGUUCCAGGUGGUUCUCGGUGGUUUCCGUGGUUCUGGACCUGGUGCAGGUUGGACUGAACAUGUGUGCGCUGUCGGAGGAGGUGGUUUCUUCAGCCUGUAAAGACGGACACCCCAGCACUAAGGACUUCAUGAUGCAGCAGACGAUGCUGAGGGUCAAAGACCCGGUCCAGUCUCUGGACUUCUACACCCGGGUCCUGGGCAUGACGUUCCUGCAGAAGAUCGACUUCCCGUCCAUGCGCUUCAGUCUCUACUUCCUGGGCUUCGAGGACAAAGACGACAUCCCCGUGGACGUCAGGGAGCGGACGGCGUGGACGUUUUCCCGCCGCGCCACCAUCGAACUGACCCAUAACUGGGGUUCGGAAUCAGACGAUAAACUGUCGUAUCACAACGGAAACAAAGAACCACGAGGAUUUGGUCACAUCGGCGUCGCUGUCCCUGACGUCGACGCCGCCUGUAAAGUCUUCGAGGAUCGAGGAGCGACGUUUGUCAAGAAACCAGACUCAGGUAAAAUGAAGGACCUGGCCUUCAUCCAGGAUCCAGACGGGUACUGGAUCGAGAUCUUCAGUCCUGAAAACAUGGUCGCUCUGAUGUCGUAGAACAGAGGCAUUAUGGGAAAAUUCAUGUGUUUAACCCCAGGGAUGUUUUAUUAAAUACAAAUAAAAAAAGAUAAACACAUGAAUCCACCUUAAAUCAGAUCAAACCAGGUUUGUUUGUGUUUGUUUCAUUUAUAUUUAACUUUUUUCCAAACUAAUGGUUUUUAUUGAACUAAAAGUAUCAGAUUAAAAUACGUAACAAUAACAUGGAUUUAUUUUUCUAACCUAAAUAUUUUCAUAAGCUCAGAUUUCUGUAUUUUCACAUAUUUGUCGUGUCUUUGCUCAUUAAACGUCUUUGUGUUUAUUCGGA